AUGCUUGAACGUCUUGAACGAGCAGUAGCUAACAACCAGUGGCUUUCCCAGAACCCGAGCACCAAAGUCCAACAUCUCCACUCCAACUUUUCAGAUCAUCAAGCCAUUAUUGUGAAACCAGAAGGUAUCAGUCCUAAUCCAAAACAAACCUUUGAAUUCGAACAAAUGUGGCUCCGAGAUAGAGGUUGUAACAACACAAUCACUAGUGCUUGGGGUCCAUCCAUAAUUGGGGCUAUAAUGCCAGAGGUAGCAAGGAAAGUACAAGCAUGUGGUGAGAAGCUCACUGAGUGGAGAAUGAAUUCUUUUGGGAGUGUUAGGAAGAUGCUUGAGGAAAAGAGGAAACUCCUAUUAAGAGCAGAACUAGAUGCAACAAAGGGGGUGAUCAAAUGA